ACUUUUAUGGUGAAGUUAUACACUAUUUGUUGGAGUUUACCUGCAGAAAAUAGUAAAUUACUCAACCUAAAGUAAAAUCUUCUGAUUAUACUACUUGUUCCAUCUGAGAGCGACCAAAAGAAGAAGCGCGUCGCAGGUGUUUGAGUGUGUUCUGCUGCAGCAGUCUGACGGUGUUUGCUCGUGUUUAGGCGGAGGGCGAUCGCCUGCCUCCCGGCCACACGGUCAGCCAGCUGGAAACCUGCAAAAUCCGCAGCAUCCGCGCCGGGACUCUGGAGCGCCUGGUGGAGACGCUGCUGACGGCUUUCGGAGACAACGACCUCACCUACACCUCCAUCUUCCUCUCCACCUACAGAGCCUUUGCCAGCACCCAGACUGUACUGAAGCUGCUGCUGGACAGGUAUGGGAGUGUGGAAGAAAAUGAUCAGGAAGGCACUGAAAGCAGUGAAGCCAUUAGAAACGCCCUGGCUUCCAUCCUGCGUGCCUGGCUGGACCAGUGUCCCGAGGACUUCCAGGAGCCUCCGGACUACCCCUGCCUCCACAGGCUGAUGGAGUACCUGCGCAAAGCUCUGCCAGGUUCAGAGGCGCUCCGACGUGCAGAGGGUCUGCUAGAGCAGCUGCAGGGUCAGGCCAACAUGGACGAAACAGACGUUGGUUUCCAGGGAAACAGCUCCUUCUGCCUCGGGGAGGACGAGGAGGUGGAAAUUGAAGUCCAGGAGGACUUCCUGUCGUUUGAGGCCGACCUGGUGGCCGAGCAGCUGACCUACAUGGACGCGCUGUUGUUCAAGAAGGUCGUCCCCCACCACUGCCUGGGCUCCAUCUGGUCCCAGAGGGACAAGAAGGACAACAAGCACAGCGCUCCCACCAUCCGCGCGACCAUCACCCAGUUCAACGCCAUCGCCGCCUGCGUGGUGAACACGGUGCUGAAGCACAGACAGCUCAGGCCGCACGUCAGGGCGAGGGUCAUCCAGCGCUGGAUAGACAUUGCCCAGGAGUGCAGGAUACGCAAGAACUUCUCAUCCCUGAGAGCGAUUGUGUCGGCGCUGCAGUCCAACCCUUUGUACAGACUGAAAAGAGUGUGGGCCUGUGUUCACAAGUAAGCAUUCAGCCUCUCCAGUGUGCAUAGUAAUCUGU